UGCCUCAAGUGUUGCCAAAGCCUGUGGAAUCAUGUUACUCGCUUGAUAAAAAUGAAUGCGGACGAAACAGAUUUAGAAUGAUCACUAGGAUAUAAUACAAAAGAAGUGGGGAUCGGGUUUUGAUCCAAUUGCAGGGUAGAGGAAGGAAAAGGAUGAUUAAAUGGACCAUUAUGACUAGUGUUCUACCAAAUCCGGGAAAGCUUCCAUUUUGGUGAAUAGUUGUGCACAGUCGAAUGGGAUUAUCUGCAGCUGGGACUGGGAGAAUGAAUUCCAACGAAACGGAAUAACUAUCGCAUUAAGCUUACCACGUGCCGCCGUACGUCUUCUCGCCUUUUGUCAUCCAAACCCAGAAAGCACCGAAACGCUCAAACAUUUUACUCAGCAAAGCAGAGCAGAGCAAGGGCUGUUUCCACUCCAGAAGUCGUCAAGCGCCGCAGCGGACGCCCCCCUGCAACGGAAAUAAGCUUCCGAGUGCCGCUUCAACCCUUCAUUUUUCACACCGGCUUCCCCAGUUCUCAUACAGGUACCAUUACUUCACCGGCUAUGCAUGCAGUGGCGGACCUAAGAUUGUUGGAGAGGUGUGUCGCCGCUAAUAUAGAAUAAUAAUUAAAUAUAAAAAAUUAAGUAGAAAUUAAAAGAAAUUAAUUUAUGAAGUUCACAAUGUCAUUUUACAACGAAUCACGACGACUUUUCAUAUGCUUAAAUGUCUCUAAAAUACAUUCAUCACUUAUGCUGCAAAGCAAAUGUUUUUCAAUAUACACAACUUAACAAUCAUUUAUAAACAAUAAUAUUAUACUCUAACCCCCAAUGUGUGAACCGCAAUCCCCAAUUCACUAACCUAACAUAAGAUUCAUUUAAUCUUGAAAAAUGAAAAUCAAUGAUUCUGAUUCGUCGAAAUGAUUGUUGAGUUUCAUUUUAAGAUUGACCAAAUUUUGCAGUUUGGGUUAGAAAAUUAGGGAUUGGGGUUCACCCAUUAGAGGUUAGGAUAUAGGAUCAUGCCUCAAAGUCCGGUUAAUUAUUUAUCUAAAUAGCAAAACCCAAUUGGCGUACGGUGGUCGGACGUACGCUAGCCUGAACUUAUAUUUAUAUAUUUUGAUAACUUAUGACAAUAAAUUUCCAUAAACACAAUGGAGUUGUGUCGGAUACAAUGAUCAGAGGUGUGUCGGAAAUCCCGAGAUCAAAAUUUUAGUACCGACGAAUUAGGGGUAUUUCCCAAAAUUUUCGGACGGAGGUGUGUCAGAUGACACACCUCCCUUGUGCCUAGGUCCGCCCCUGUAUGCAGGUGUGAUUUUUAAUUUCACUAGUUUUCUACUUUUCUUUCAUGCAAAUUCUUUUUCCUUCAAAGAAUUUGGAUACUUAUUUCGCCCCUACACGCCUUCAGUUUCAGUAAAUUGAAGCCGCAAUCCUUCCCACUUUCGAUACCUGCACUUUCUGGGUUUAUACGGAAGAACAGCUGUAAAAAGAGGAAGAAAUGAAAGCUUGAAUCCGAUUGUUCUGUGAAAUAGAAACUCCAGAUUGUUUUGUCAAAACGUGAUCUAAUGGGCCACAGAUUUGCAGUCAAGCCCACAAUGCAAUGAAACUCGUUUUUCUAGGACUGCUUGCGGAAACACUAGAGUUAAAAUAAUAGGAAAGCCCAAAUUCAAUUUAUUUAAUUAAAACCCUACAGCUACCAUAAAACGAAGGCGUUUUAUUUAAACACAAAGGAAGGUUUCUUUAAGGGUGUGUUUGGAUCGAAUGAUUUGGAUUUGGUAUGUGUGAUUUGGAUUUUCAAAUAUCAAAUCAUGUGUUUGGAUAUUAAUUACAUUUGGUAUUUGGAUUUGUGACAAAUUUAUGGGGUGAUUUCCAAAUACAUGUCUAGUGUAUUACUUGUCAACUUCAUAUCCAUUACAACAACUACUGAUUUGAAAUACCUUCUAACAAAAGAGUGGACAUAUUUAUAAAAUAUUAAAAGUUUAGGUAUUAUAGUGUGAGGCAAAAACAUAUAAAGGUACCAAAAAGUAAUUUUACCAUCAAAGUUUCGGAACCUUUUGUAAAAUUUUAAAUGUUUAAGCACUAAAUAGUAAGAAAAAAUAAAUUUGGGUACCAAACUAUAAUUUAACAAAAUUUGCAGUAAGUGACAAGAAAAUUCAAAAUUAAAAUAAAAAAAUCACAAAAUUUAAAAUACAAACAAAUUACAAAUGAGUAUCCAAACAACGAAUUUGAAUUACAUGCAUUUCAAAUGCUAGUACUUCAAAUACAUCCAUUUCAAAUGCAUGUAUUUCAAAUACUUUACAUUUGAAAUACACCUAUCCAAACGCACGAUAACAAGUUUUUCGAUCAAGGUUAUAUAACAGAAGAAGAACACAAAACAAAGUAUGCAGAACCGAAAUGCGAGAACACAAGCAAUUUUUAUGUGGUUUCUAGUGUUGAGAGAAAUAGAAUCUCAAAACUUACUAGUCCACGAUCGGAGAUUCACAACUUUGUGAUCUCUGACGAUCUACUAAAAAUAUGUCUCGAAACUUUUUGGCUCAUAAAUGAACAACCCGGUAUUUCCAAUACCGUCACCUCGAUUAACUCUUCGUCAAUCGAAUCCGUGUAUCCUAACACGUAACCCAAGCUAUCUAACCGAUGCUUGAACCAAGCAACUCCGCGUAUGCUUGAAACCCUUUCCUAUAAAAAAAGUCUUAGCAAAUACUGCUCUCUAGUAUUUUGAUCUCCCAAAAAGGUGCUUCUUCAUUGUUCAGGCUUAUCUCCUUUUAUAGCAUCAGUCAGCUAACCGUUGCUCUUCAGAAGCAUGCUUCACUUGAGUUCUCCAGAUAUGGUAGGUUACCUCAAAUGGCGUACAUCAACCAAUUGUAUUUUAUCAAUUUUCUUGUACGAUAAUCUGCCUAAUUAGUUUGAUUCCAUAAAAGUGCUUAUUGACUUUUAUUUUAGUGUCUUGAUUUGGUCAUACACACUACAAAUUAUGCAAUUACCCACGUCGAAUGCACUUAAUUAAUCAAUUUCCUCAUGUAGCACUGACCAAACUUAAUCUUUCUAUCGCAGCGAUGCCUCGUCAGGUCACCUUACGCCGAUUCGUGGGACUGACCUGGGGAGAGAACUGUCCGGAGUGAUGAUCCUAGUGAUCGUCUUUGCCGGAGUAGUCGUCCUCAGUGCAGUAGGAUGGUUUGUCAAGCUUUGCUACCAGCAGGCUACAACAGAUGAUCCACAGGCGGGCGAUAACAGAAGAUAUUGAAAGAUUGUCAAGACUCAAACCCGGCGACCAUGAAUGUCAAAGUGGAUCGACAAGGUUUAGAGGAAGCUAUCAUCAAGUUCAGUUUAAUGUCAAUGUGUGCUUAGACUUUAGUUUGAAUUAAUGUUUUAUCUUUAUAGUCUCCAAAUGCUAGCUUGCACAUGUUGUCUUGUAGUGCAAAGCUUUUGCCUAUUUAAACCCAAGUAUGAAUGAGAAACACCCAAGGCUUAGGGUUUCAUUUCUCCCAACUCAUCUUUGUUGUUAUGGUAUCAGAGCUCUAGGUCCUAGGAAACCCUAAAAACCUUCAACCCACAAAAAUAAGGACUAUGUCCAGAUCUGCAAAUUUCAGAUCAUAAACCCUAAAAAAAAAAUACAGUUCUUCUCCAAUCUCCAUUGUAUCUGUUUCUAUCCCAGAUCUCACUCACCCAAACAUUCAAGGAGGAUCGACUCUGCCCCCAAAUCCAAGCCCACCGUUCCUAACCAUUCGCCCACAAAACCUACCAUCACUUCCCCAAAAUUUCCCAGAUCCAUUCUAUCGUUCUUCCAAACGUCCCCCAUCUCCCAAAACCAAGAGUCCCAUUUCACCAAAAACAAAAAAAAAAAAAAAAAAACAAAAGCCCCAAAUCCCACCAAAUUAUUCCGCCGUAAUCAUCACCAUCUCUUCUCCAACUAUUCCAAAUCGGAAACCUCAAUCCCUAAAACCAAAAACCCUUAAAUCUAAAAACCGGCGACCACAAGUUUCGCUCAAGCCGACAGAUCUGUUGCAGCGAGCUCCAGCCACCGUUAUGAAUCAUCACGGCAAGGCCCGCCACCAGCUCUAUGCUUCAUCAAUCGUCGUCGCCAUGACCAAGACAAGCUCAACGGAGGAGAAUCCAUCCCCGCUGCCCAAGUCGGAUGAAGAAGAAGAGAAAAGCAGAUCCGACGACUCAAAAUCGGAAUCUUGUUCUGGUCGAUCUUCUCUGUUGGUUUCCAUCUUUCCGCUGAAGCCUGUCACUAAAUCCACCGAGAGGAAGUCAGGCGUCGCUGUUCUCUCCCCUAAAGUCAGUCAUUUCGCCAAGCAAGCAGUGGGUUCCGAGAGUUUGAGGCGAAGGAUGAUUACAGAGCAUAAGAAAAGGGUUUUCACAAUCACAAGAAAAUACCAAGAAGGGGAAGGUGAGUUUCUUGAAACUGAGAAUGUCAAUGUUGGUUGUUUGGAGGAAGAAGAAACUUGGUUGAAUGAUAACGAGAUUGCAACCAAGAAGAAUGAACAGAUUGUUAAGAUUGAUUCUUUUGAAAAAGAAAUCAAAUGUUUGAAUUCUUAUGUGUUGAAUCUCGUGGCUGUGUGGGAAGUAGAAGCCAAUGAAACCUCCUGCACAGCUAGAACCUCCAUUUUCUAGUGUUGAGUUCAUAGAAAAUCAAGAAGAAAGAGAAGCUGCAAGUUCAGGGGCAGCACUUAAAAAAAACAAUCAGAAGAAAGAGAAGCGGCAAGUUCAGAAGCAGUCACAAGCACAAGUCCUUGUUUCUGUGAUUCAGCAAGAGGAAGUGAAGGCAGCAGCCUGAAAUGAUUCAGCAGAGGGAAGAAGCUUACUCCCCUGUUGAGUUUGAAGUCAAUUUUUUUUCCUGGAAUACUUGCUAGCUAAAGUAUCAGCGGCAUAUUGGAGAAGCAGCGGGAAGUAGCCAACAGAGCACUCCCCUGUUGAUUUCAGAUUGUUUAUCGGAUGGAGUGCUAGCUAGCAAAGUCAGCAGCAUUUCCGGACCACUUUGAAGGCCCAGCAAAAGCUGGAGAUGAGAAGGACAACCAGCUAGCCAUAUUGCAGCGGCAUCCUUGUUUGAAGAAGCAGAGGCAAGACGCCCAAAAGGGCUCCCCUGUUGAGUUUGAAGUUUUUGGAAUGCUAGUUAGCUCAAAAAGCAGCAGCAUAUCCUCAUCUUUUUGGAGAAGUAGAGGGUAGUAGUCAAACAGUACUCUCCCCUGCUAACUUCAAGGUUUGUUUCUUGGAAGGAAUGUUAGCUAGCAACAAAGCUGCAACAUAUCCUAUCCACAUUGAAAAGCCAGGUAAAGCUUUUCAGAAGAUGUUUGGGAAGUUAGCUAGCAAGAUGCAGCAGCUUCACCAUUUGAAGUUUGAAGAGAAGUUAGCUAGCCAACAGUGCGGCAACAUUCUCAAGUCAAAGCUGUAUUUUCUUCAAGCUUGGUGUGCACAUUCUCUGCUCACCCGCUUGCGGGGGGAGGAGUGUAACAGGAGAUAUUGAAAGAUCGUCAAGACUCAAACCCGGCGACCAUGAAUGUCAAAGUGGAUCGACAAGGUUUAGAGGAAGCUAUCAUCAAGUUCAGUUUAAUGUCAAUGUGUGCUUAGACUUUAGUUUGAAUUAAUGUUUUAUCUUUGUAGUCUCCAAAUGCUAGCUUGAACAUAUUGUCUUGUAGUGCAAAGCUUUUGCCUAUUUAAACCCAAGUAUAACGUGUUUCUCAUUCAUACUUGGGUUUAAAUAGGCAAAAGCUUUUCACUGGGAGGCCUCUGAUCUCCCUUAUACCUUUCCCUUGUUUCUAAUCCUUUUUCAAUAGGUUUUCUUUCCAGAAAGUGCUUGUUUGACGAGUUUUUGUCUAAAUAUUUCGACAAAAACCUCUCAUCCCUGUCUCUUCUAUUAUCAGAGAGACGAUUUUCAUUGUUUUUAGUGUCAAUAUAGCCUUUGUUAGCCUGAAACUCUCUUUUCAUUUUUCAACAUUUUGUGAAAUUUUCGGCUUACAAGAGCAAAUUCUCUUUCAAACUCUUCACUUAUCUCAUAUUCUAGAUCACUAUCAUAAUCUUGUGCUUUGAAAGCAAUCACCUUUUUACGCCUGUUAUCUUCUUUAUUCGUUUGGGUGAUUACUUCUUCGUGACUAAGUAGAGAUCCUACAAGUCUUUCAAUUGAUAGAACAUUUAGAUCUUUUGCCUCUUCUAUAGCAGUUCUUUUAGGAAGUCAUUCCCUAGGUAAACUUCUAAGAAUUUUUCUGACUAGAUCCUUUGUAGCAAACACCUUUCCUAAUCCCUUCAAUCGGUUAAUUAAAUCAUUAAACCUUUUGUACAUACUAGAAAUUGACUCUCUUGAACUCAUUUCAAAGGAUUCAUAUUCAUUUAAUAGCACAUCAAUUCUACUUUCUUUUACCUCUGACGUACCUUCAUGAGUGGUUUGUAAUGACUCCCAAAUUUCUUUGGCAGACUCACACUGUGCCACUUGGUUUCUUUCUUCAGGUGAAAGUGCUGAGAAGAGAAGGUGCAUAGCUCUUGAGUCAAGCUGAGAGGAUACCUUCUGCUCAUCCUCCCAUUUCUCUUCAUCAUCAUCAUCAUCCAUGGGAAUUGGCCCUUUUCGAACAAUGCUCCAUAGAUCUCCAUCAACUCCUCUUAGAUAGAUCUUCAUUCUUUUCUUCCAGACAGAGUAAUCUGUCCCAUCAAACCAUGGAGGGUUUGUGUUGGCAGAAUAGGAUGCAGGAGCCGAUGAAGACCCAGUCAUCUUGCAGAUCUUCUUUGGUGAUAGUUAAUCCAACAAAGAACCUGCUCUGAUACCAAUUGUGAAUUUAGAAAGCAACAAACUGAUCUAUUUUGC